AUGGCUAACAUCGAUACUUUAGUUGAUUUUAUUAGGCUACAAGCUGAGAAUUUGAACCAAAAUCGCAAUAAUAAUCCUGAUCCUGCGGGUAAGAUGUUUAAGAAUCUUGCUCAGGUCAAACCACCAUACUUUAAAGGAGGUGGAGACUCAACUUUUCUAGAGAAUUGGAUUAGGGAGUUCGAUAAGAUCUUCGCUGCUUUGAAUUGUCUUCUGAGUAUGAGAAUGGAUCAAGCUAUCAUGUAUUUGAAGGAAGAGGCAGAUAUUUGGUGGAGGGAUAAUGGAAAUGUGCUUCAUGCUCAAGCUAACUUUGGUUGGGAGACUUUCAAAACCAAUCUUAGGGAGAAGUGCUAUCCACCAUUCUUAAGGAAGCAAAAGGGUGAAGAGUUCAUCAAUCUGCAAAUGAACAAUAUGUCGAUUAUUGAGUACUAUAAGAAGUUAAUGAACUUGUCGAGGUUUGUUCCUAAAGUAGUGCCUACUGAGGAGUUGAAAGCUCAAAGAUUUGAGCAAGGUUUGACUAAGCAGUUACAGAAGGACUUGGCAGGAAAUACCUUAAGACUCUUGAUAAAGAACGAGAAUUUCAAGAGUAAGGAUGUUCAGAGCAAUGGAGGAUCUUCUAGACCUGAUGACCAAGCUGAAAGGCAAUACAACUGCAAGAGAUGUGGCAAGGAUCAUCUUGGAAAGGAUUGUAAUGGGAACUUGGUUGUGUAUAGAAUUGUUGGCAACAACAUCUUCGGGAAUCAAGGAAAGAAUGUCACUCCAGGUCGUUUGUAUGUGAUGAGCAAGAAGGAAGCCGAAAGGUCUUAUGAUGUUGUCACUAGUAACUUUUAUAUUCAUUCUAUUUCUGUUAAAGCUUUAUUUGAUUCUGGAGCCACCUAUUUUUUUAUUUCUAUUUCUAUUGUGAAACAAUUAGGACUAGUUGAACCGAACCCAAUAAACUUUCCUAUUAGUUUACCUACAGGUGAAGUUGUGAGGUGCACUAAGAUGCAUAAGGGUUUACCUUUGAGGAUUGGAGAGACUGAUUUUCCAUCUGUUCUUAUAGAAUUUGAGUUAGGUGAACUUGAUGUUAUUUUGGGAAUUGAUUGGUUACCCAUUUAUAAAGCUAAAAUUGAUUGUGAUAUACAAAAGGUUCAUUUGAAAAGUCCUUUGGGAAGGAUUGUAUCUUAUAGAGGUUUUGGAAAACCAAAAGGUAUUGGGAUUAUUUCUGUAAUGAAGUUGUCAAAACUUGUGAGUAAAGGGUAUCCUUUGUUCUUUUGUUUUGUGCAAGACUUGGAAAAGAGUAAUAAGGUGAAUGUGGAAGAUCUGCCAAUUGUGAAUGAGUUUUUGGAUGUAUUUCCUGAAGAGAUUUCUAGAAUUCUACCAGAGAGGGAAUUGGAGUUUACAAUAGAUUUUGUUCCCAAAACAGCACCAAAUUCUAAGGCACCAUAUAAAAUGGCACCUGUUGAGAUGGGAGAGUUGAAAGUACAACUGCAAGAAUUGUUGGAUAAAGAAUAUAUUAGGCCAAGUGCAUCUCCUUGGGGAGCACCUAUUUUAUUUGUGAAGAAGAAAGAUGGGAGCAUGAGGUUGUGCAUUGACUAUAGGGAGUUGAAUAAUGUGACGAUAAAGAAUAAGUACCCACUGCCCAGGAUCGAUGAUUUGUUUGAUUAA